AUGACCCUCACCGUGAACCUCACCAUGGACCUCACCAUGAACCUCACCGUGGACCUCACCGUAAACUUCACCAUGGACCUCACCAUGAACCUCACCGUGGACCUCACCGUGGACCUCACCGUGGACCUCACCGUGGACUUCACAGAGGACCUCACAAUGAACCUCACCGUGGACCUCACAGAGGACCUCACCGUGAACCUCACAAAGGACCUCACAGAGGACCUCACCGACCAGGUGAGUUCCACUCGAGGAGAGCGUGGACCAUCUGUUGUUCAACACGUCAUCGUAGGAGGCAGAGUGCACCAAGAACCCUGCAGAGGAACCAUGUGUCAGUCAUACACCAUGAACCCUGCAGAGGAACCAUGUGUCAGUCAUACACCAUGA